AUUUUCAGGGACAAAACGUGAAGGUCUGUUUUAAAAAGAAACAAAGAAAGCUUAGAAUUAAAGAUGGCCGGAAUCUACUAACGGCAGUGUGACGUUUUCGAAGAGGCGUGUUGCGAUCAGCAAUUUAUUAACGAAUUUCACGAGGAUAUUCGUUAUUCGAUUGCACCGACAAAAAGUCUAGAGAUCAAUUGUAACGGUCAAACGGUUGUCAGUUGAUGUAGCUCUGUAAUAAUUACGUAAAACGAGUUUGAAAUGGCGCCGACUAAGGUGAUACUUCUUUCCUGCGGCAGUUAUAAUCCUCCGACGAAUAUGCAUCUAAGAAUGUUCGAAAUUGCUCGCGAUCAUCUUCACAAAAUGGGAUCUCACGUUGUAAUUGGUGGUGUGAUAUCGCCAGUGCACGACGGUUAUGGUAAGAAAGAAUUGACGAGUGCAACUCACAGAUGCGCGAUGUUGAGGCUGGCACUGCACAAUAAUGAUUGGAUUAGACUAAGCGAUUGGGAGACAAAGCGGGAAGGAUGGACAAAAACACGGGUCACCAUACAGCACCAUCAGAACCUCUUGAAUUCUUGGCUGUUUGACACACACGAUAUUAAGCAUCACUCAGAGAUCGAGGACAUGGACUGGAUACCGGCAAAUGUAAGAAAAGAUGCAAAUGCAGAGCAGAAUCCCAUCCAAGUGAAAUUGUUAUGCGGUGCCGACCUUCUCGAGAGCUUUGGUACUCCUGGUCUAUGGGCAGAAGAAGAUAUCGAUGCCAUAGUUGGACAGCAUGGUCUAGUCGUUGUGACCAGGGAAGGUUCAAACCCAAAUCGGUUUAUAUAUGAUUCGGAUGUCCUUACCAAAUACAUGCACAACAUCAUCAUUGUCACCGAAUGGAUAACCAACGAAAUUAGUUCCACUAAAAUUCGGAGAGCAUUAAGACGCGGAGAAAGCGCCAAGUACCUUCUUCAUGAUUCGGUCCUCGACUACAUAUACAAACAUGGAAUAUACGAUGCUAAACGAUCCUCAGCAAUGAACGGCAAAACCUGCAUGCCUUCUGUAAGACAACUAGUUGACCAUCUUGUCGCUGCUCGCUCCAUACCCAUCCGAUGCGGCCCUUGUCUUACCAUUAACAAUUAUACGAACAAUAAUAAUAAUAAUAAUAACAAUAUCAAUAACAAUAAUAACGAUAAUACCGAAGCCAAUAACAAACGUCCUGUAAACAAAGAUUGUGCAUUCAACCAUAAUGACAGAGAUAACGAAAAAGAUCGUGCAGGCAUUAAGCCGGUUAUAAAUGAUCCAAUGAUAGUAAACACGUUUGAUAUUGGAAAGAAUUUUAACUUAUUGCAGGACAAUAUUAAAUGAUCCAGCAGCUCACGGAAAUAUAACAAAGAUUAAUUAAAUAUUAUUAUCUACGUAGCAUUAUAUGUAUACAUAUGUAUUAUUUAUAUUUACACAAGGCUGUGGAUGAAUUAAUUUACUUGGUGAAUUGUAACGAAUUACAAUUCAGUCGCUGCUUCGCAUUAAGUUAUUCAAAUUGUAAGAAGUGGAUUGAAAACCAGAGUUGAAACGGAAAAAAAAAUUUAAUUUUUACCUGACGAUAUUUUCAAUCUCCCCUUUGAAUGUUACAAUAGAAUUCUUAAUUAUCGGUGCUUCUGUCGUUUAAUAUGAUUUCCCUUCUGUGAGACUUGUUUGCUUUAUAAAAGGGAUAUUAAUAACGAAUUCCCUGUAAUUAUUAUUAAUUACAUGUAUAUUUUUCUUGCAUUCGGAUAAAAAGUUAACCCGAUUAAUUAUUUCACAGGUUAGCGAUAUAUACAAUUAGAUAUAUGUAUGUGUAGAAAUACUGCUUUUAGUCGUGUUGAUUAUUUUUUGUUCAUCAAGCAAACAAUUAAUUAUUAGGUAUUGUUAUAUUUCACUUUUUUUUAAACAUAGAAUGACACUGCGCUGCAGGACUUCGCAAGUUAGUAGAUAUUAUACUUUCAGUACUUUAUAUAAUACCUAUAAUACAUAGAUAUAUAUUUCGAAUCUUAUAUACAUUAUACAUUUGCUGCACGUGAUAAGGAUGAGAAUUUUAGAGCAGUUAAGCUCGAGAAUUUAUAGUAUAUUUUUUACUAUCGUUAAAAUUUAUUAUUUCGAUAUUUCCUACCGAAUGCAAUCGAAAAUGAUGAUCGGUGAACAUUUACGCGAAAAAAAAAGACGAUACGAUAUAUAUAUAUAUAUAUAUAUAUAUAUAUUUUUUUCAUUAUAUGUGAUCGAAACGAACGAAAAGAGGAAGUAUUUUGAAAGAUAUAUGGAAACUGAUGAUCGAUUAAUGAAUUAUAAGGCGUGUUUACGAUAAUUCUAUUCGAAAUUGUUCCAAGUGUUAGUUUAACGAUCGUUAUCGCAGGUAAUAUUCAACUGCACAAAUUAGGAAUUCAACUAAAAUUGAUGAAAUCAAAAUUGAAAUGAAUUCUUUCACGCGACCUUUCUGGAACAUAAUUGAAACAUUAUUGUAAUUUCCAUAGAAAAAAAUGUAUACUAUAUAUGUUUGUCAAAUAUACAUAACAUAUACAUUAAUCCUACGUAAGUGAAAAAUAAGAGCGUCCAAAAGGCUGCAAUUGGAUUGACUGUAUAAUUAUUACAUAUAACUACGUAUAUCAUGAUUGGAAAAUAAAAUUGUUCGGAAAAAAAGAAAAAACUGCGUAUAUUUACAAUCAUUGACUUUAUAACGCAUAAAAAUUAAAAUAAAAACCCGGCAAUUAUCAUUAUUUAUAAAUAAUUUAUUUACAAUAUGUAUAAAACAUUCGAUAUUACAAAAGUUUUAUGUGCAGGAAAUUUUGUAUAUUAGACAUUGUAAAACGUAAAUCUUUUUUCAUUUAUCGCGCAUAUUCAGGGUGGCGACAAUUUUGCUCAAAUAAAAUUUCCUUACUUUUCCCGUCGAAAAAUUCAGAAUUCCUUGAGUUGUUCCCACGAAACUUGGGUAAUGUUGGGAAGCUUUUGUAACCAAAAACUUC